GGACUUGUCAAUGAAGGAAGUUAAUGUUUGAUCAAAACCCUGCAGAGAGGCUUAGAAACUGCCAAGGGUUCUGAGAGAGACAGGCAGGCACCACCAUCUUGGGCAGGUGUGGAAAUACCCUUCAGAACAGAUCAAGGUUUUUGUGCACCAGGAAUUGGAAUAAUUGGAAUGGAAGUUCUCACCAAGAUGCUUAAAAUAUAUCCACAUCACUUUGGGUGUCUCCUCAUACUUCAUCUGGUCAUUUGCCAAGGUACAGAUGACCCACAUAUAAGUGGGCCUCUGGAGGACAAGACUUUUUCUGUUCAAGAGGGGAGGACAGGAAUCACCUAUAUCUAUCGGUUUACAUUGCAACCUCCGACUGUCAGGCUGAGACUGACUGGUGUGACAGAUGGCAAAAUAUCUAUUUACCCGAAAGAUUGGUCUCUGUAUGUUAAUGGGUCUCUGGACUGGGAAACCAGAAACGUCUACAAUUUACAGGUGGAAGGUCUGGAUGAAAAUGGGCAGAGAGUGAAAGGCCCAUAUUCUAUCACAAUAAAUGUUAUCGAUGUCAAUGACAACCCUCCACAAUUUUCGCAGAGAGAGUACUUUGCAGCGGUGAGACAAAACUCCCGCCCAGGAAAGCCCUUCACAUACGUCACUGCUACUGAUCGUGAUGAUCCCACCACUCCUCAUGCACAACUGAGCUACAGCAUUAGCAAACAUUUCCCAGACCCUUAUCAAACGAUGCUUUUCCAGAUUAACAAUGUCACUGGAGCAAUUUCCACAACUGCUGCUGGAGCUAAGUAUUUAAAUCCAGCAGAUGGGAUCAAUUAUACCAUCGCUGUGAGAGUAAAAGAUAUGGCAGGGCAGUCAGAGAAUUCCUUCCCCAGCGAUGCUGACGUGAUUGUCACCGUGUUGGAAAACCUCUGGAAGUCUCCUCCACUAGUAAAGCUCAAGGAAAAUUCUACAGAGCCCCACCCCAUGAGAAUCACUCAGGUGCAGUGGAAUGAUCCAGGUGCAAAAUAUGAAAUCCGGCAAAAGGAAACGCCUCCCACUAAACUCCCAUUUAUGGUUGCCCAGAACGGGACUGUCUAUGUAACUGAACCACUAGACAGAGAAGUAAAAGAUGCAUAUUCCUUUUACGUGGUUGCAAAAGAUAAAGAAGAAGACAUAGCACUAUCCUAUCCACUGACCAUUAACGUCACAGUUGAAGACAUCAAUGAUAAUCCCCCUGUGUGUGACAAAGCUUUGACUAUAUUUGAAGUUCAGGACAACGAACCUUCAGGGAAUUUCAUAGGAACUUUUCAUGCUUCGGACAGAGACCAGGAAAACAGUUUAAACUCCCGCCUAUCCUACAGCAUUGUGGAUCAGAGCCCCAAAGUGCCUUCUGAUAAUAUGUUUCGCAUCGAACGUGGAACUGGGACGGUCAAUUUACUUACCUCUGCCUUAAACAAGGAACUAGUCUCUAACUACUCUUUGACGGUGGAGGUGACAGACUCAGUAUUCCAAACGCUGUGCAACGUACGGAUCAAUGUCAUCGAUACCAACGAUCAGAUUCCAAUCUUUGAAAAAUCGGAUUAUGGCUCUAUGACUCUUCCAGAAAACAUACCAUUGGGAACAGUAAUACGGGAAAUCCAAGCCAAAGAUGCUGACGAACCCUUCACUGGAAGCUCUCAGAUUGUGUACACAAUCGAUAAGGGAGACCCCAACAACACUUUUAUAAUAGUGACAGAUCCAAAAACAAACAGAGGAUAUGUUCAAAUUAAUAAGGCUCUCGAUUUUGAAACAACUGAUGUGUAUAACCUCACAAUCCAAGCCACAAAUCCUGAACCUCUUGUGAAGGGGGUACAGUACAAUUUAAGCUCCAUUGCUUACUUGAGAGUCAUAGUUAUUAAUGUGGAAGAAGCACCAGUUUUUCUCAAAACCACUCAUACAGUGGAUAUACCUGAAAAUGCUACUGUGGGUACUUUUUUGACAACAGCGACUGCCUUUGAUCCAGAGGGUGACUCGAUAAGGUACGCGCUCAAAAGUGAUGCCAGGAAGUGGCUGCGGAUUGACCCUCUCAAUGGCACAAUAUAUACUGCUGCCCCGCUGGACCGGGAAACUCAACAAACCUACACAGUGCAAAUAGUCGCAACUGAGCAAACUAAAGCAUCUCGAAGCUCCACAGCACAGCUGAGACUGAACCUGAAAGAUGUGAACGACAACCCUCCGAGGCUAGAGAAGAACGUUGUGUUCUUCUGCCACCCUCUCCAAGGAAACGAGAAAACGAAAAUCGAAGUUUCCGAUCCGGAUGAACGUUCAUAUGUUCAGAGAUUCACUUAUUCCCUUGUUGGUGCAGAUGCAAUACAAAACUGGAAUGUUUCUAAACCUGAUGGCUUACUUGCCUACAUUUCCCCAAGGAACAUGAAGCUUGAAGAGAAAGACUAUUCCGUACCAUUGAAAAUCAAUGACAACGGAAGGCCGCCUAUGGAAGGAGUUGUUACUCUGAAAGUGAGACUGUGCAAAUGUACAGAGGAAAAUAGAUGCUUCCUGGCAAUUGAUGAUGGACCUUCACUUCCGACAGUUGGGAUGGCAAUUGGAAUUCUGGCUGGAGUACUGCUAAUCAUUGGUAUCAUUUUGGGGGUCGUCUUUCUCAACCUGAAACGCAAAAAGGAGUAUGAGCUAAAGGCCCAGACAGCAAAUGCUGUGAGCCCAUCUGAAUUGCGGAACUUGACGUAAUUGUUUUACCAAAAGGAACACUUCCAUUGUGGGGUGUUUUGUUUUUUUAACUAGUUUUGUUGUUAUUAUCUGCUCCCAUUAAGAAAUUCCGUAUUUUCCACUAA